CCAUGCUUUAUCCUGCCAGUGUGUCCUGUGCAGAACAUAUUCACUCACAGGAAACCCCUAAGCUCCCCGCCAGCACUCCAACACACGCUCUCUUACACACUCACGCAAAGCAGCAUGCUCACAAAGCGGAUGGCCAUGAGGAGAAUGAAUGAGAUGUGGAGAGGGAUGGCUCUAACUUUAGUCUUCUGUGUUCUGCUGUUUCACACUUGCCAGGGUGAGUCUACACAAUUCUCUACAAGUGCAACAAGUACAACUAGAAGUUUCACCGGUGUUCCUGAGAACACACAGGCAUCCAAUAAUGACUCAACUGACCUGAGUAGCACAAAUUCCACAGACCUGGCCUCAACUGUCAUGAGUGGCACAACCUCCCACCAAGACCUCGCAACUACUGAGGCUUACCAGGGUGUGUCUUCACAAUUCUCUACAAGUGCAACAAGUACAAUUACAAAUUACCCCAAUGUUCCUGAGAACACACAGACAUCCAGUAAAGGCUCAACUGACCUGAGUAUCGCAAAAUCCAUGAACCUCACAACUACUCUAGCUAAUAAAGUUAACGAUCAUGCUGACAGUAUACCCCAGGUUUCAGAGGAGUUACAGAAUAACAAUACACUCCAACGAUCCCCAAAAAUGCAGACAGACACAAGUACUACUAAAGAACCGGCUCAGGAAAGUCUAGUUACCUCUAAGACAACCACAACUCAAAUUGUGGUGCACGACCUCAGUGAAGCCGAUGCCAAAGGCAGCACAAUGGAAAGUGUUGAACCCAACAAUGAAACCAAACAAGUCAAGGAAACUUCAAAAGAGGAAAAUAAAGGUUCGCCUCCACAGGGAAAUUCCAAAAAUGUGUUUGUGCCCAUACUGGUCUGCGGGUUAAUCCUUGCUGCUGCUUUAAUCGGAAUGUAUGUAAAGAGGAACCACUGUCCCACCAGUGCCAGAGGUGGAAUAAAACUUGCAGAUGAGUCAUGCAUGGCUGAUGAAGAUAACCAGGGGAACACUUUGGUGUCUGUAGCUCCUCUGAACCCACCUGAGAACCAAGAGAAGCCAAGCCUGAAUGGUGAGUCCCUAGAGGCAGUGAAGAUCCAAAAUCCUCCAGCCGCCACCAAUGGUCACUCUACCGCCAAAGCUGACACUGAGCUGUGAGAAUCCAUCUCGACUACACAGGCUGUGGGUUGAAGUUCAUUAUCCCAGGCCUGCGAGCAACACUAGGGAACUGGUAAAACAAAUGCACAGAUUCCCUUUUUGGAUUUCUCUUUAUCGCAAUACAUUUAAUACAUAAUGAAGGUUAUUGCACAGAUUAUUGUGGAAAUGGCUCUUAAGACAAUGAUGACCAGGGGUGGGUUUCCCAAAGCAUUUGUAAUAUUAAGGACUUCAUUAUCUUAUUCAUAAGAAUGUUCUUUAAUUAACAAGCUUCUACUGAAACACUUUAUAACUAACAUCGAACAUAAAUUUGUUUGAAAAUUAAUAAGCAACCUGACCAAUUUGUUUCUCACUAAGUACUUUGUUAUUGAGGAUGCAUUCAGAUCUACCUCAAAAAAAGGCACACAGACCUAUGAAGUGACUGUGAUCUAUUGCCCUAGUGUUUAUUUGGUUAAUUAGCAUCUGUGGUGUGCUGGGUAGUUUGCCCCAUUCUGAGUGUGAGUGUAGUAUGUUCAAAUCACAGCUCCAUUUAAUGUUUGUGUGGGUUUACACAUUUUUUUUAAUUAAUCAUGUUAGCUAUAUAAAACUAAACUACAUUUAGAGCCGAGCUACUGUAAAUCAAUUCACAUGGAACCAAUAAACGUCGAUUUAAGUAAUGCAUUUUAUUUGUGUAAAAUCAAUGUAUACAUUCAAGUCAAGUAUGUAAUGACGGUUCUAUUAAAACUUUUCAAAGGGCAGCAUACAUGCUCAUGCACAGUGUCCCUAGCCAAUCACAGGUGAAUGGACUCUAUUGAAAGGGAAUAGCUCUUUUCUUUAAUAUGUGUUACAACACCAACUUACAUUACACAUGAUAGCUGCUCUGCCUUUUUGGCAGCUGCGACUGGUUAGGGAAGUCCUGGAUUGGAGAGAUGGGUGGGAACUGGCAAUCAAUUGACAGCUAUUUAUAAAUAUCUGCGGGUAUUUUUGCUUCGUAAUGUUGCUAAAUCAUCUAGUUAAUUUACCUCCAGACUAAAAGUAAAACGUUUAACUAUGCUGCCCCGAUUCUGAGUGGACGGAGCCAACAAAAACAAUCACAAAAUAGGCUCAUUCUUAACAUGCAUCCUUCUUAAAAUUGAGCAUUAUUCGCUUAAAAGUCAUUAUCUGUAAACCCACUCCAGGUUCUUGUUAUCUGGUUAUAUCCCUAAUCCUCUCCACACACCAUUAAAGCUUUUAAAAACAUCUCCUACAUAAGUUAAACAUAAAAAGUUUAGUUGUUUGGGUAAUAAUAAAAACAGCUGUUAAAUAUACAGUAUUAAACAAUGUUGCUCUAUUAUAUAGUAUUAUAUAAUGUUAGUCUAUUAUAAUGUGAAGAGUGCAGGAGCAGUGUCUCUCUGAGCUGAUGUUAAAUACUGGCUUUGGGUAGGUGUCCUGCGAUAUGUUUGAUUGCUGGUUUCAACAAGUGUAUAAUGACUUGGUCAGAGUUAAUCCCUGUUCAUGUCCCACAGAUUCCUAACCCUCCAUAUGGAUCUCUGUCAAAGACUUUUCUCUGGGUCAAUUAUUGAAGAAAUGAAAUGAUCAAACAUGUGGAAACUCUGUUUGCUUGUUCUUAUUUUUUUAUGUACAUGUGUGAAUUGCAUUUUUAAAGUUUCAGUAUGAGUGAUGUCAUAUUUUGUUGUGUUGAUACAAGCAUAUGUACUUAUGUUAGCAGUACUGCCCACCUUUUGUUUAUAAAACGAUUUGACAAUGUGAGGAUUUGGAGAGUACUGGUCAUUGCACAGCACUUCGGUGCUGGCCUUCACUGGAUAACAACUCCUUUUCAUCACUGCAAACAACUGCUCACACAAGACCCUGUAAAACAAAGCUUAAGGUGGCUAAGGAAGGUGACCUUUACAUUUGACCAAGACACACUUCUUAAUUGUAUAUUAGUCCUACACAUGUAUUGGGCUCUUUUGUAAUAUCUCUGGAAUUGCAAAGCUUGAAUAUAGUGCUCUAUCAUGAAAUCUGUCAUACUUCUGCAAUUUUAAUAAAAUAAUUGCUUGUUAAUUGCCAAUUAAACCAAAGAUGAACAAUAAACAGAAUUCAGCAGCUCGCUUAAUGUGUACAUAGACUCCCAAAGUAAUAUGUUUAACAUAUCAGUUGUUUUCACAUGGUAGCCAUGACUAUUAAUGUUCAGUUCUUUAAUUUAAUUCAUCUUUUUCCUGUUUUUAAAAUUUGACUGUUCUGGGUCUAUGCUCUGUCUACCACAUUUCUUAUAAGCUGAAGAACUUGUUUAGAUGUAAGUUUGAAAUUCGAAUAAAGUUUUGAAAACUAA